AUGGCGGAGCUGGAGCUGGGGCAGCACUGUGGGGUACCGGAUUGCCACCAGCUCGAUUUUCUCCCCUUUGUAUGUGAUGGCUGUUCAGGUGUCUUUUGCCUUCAGCACAGGAGCCGGGAUGCUCAUGGUUGUUCUGAGGUGAAUAUAAGAAAAAAUGCUGUGAAGCCAGAUCAGCACAGAUCUUACCCAUGUUCAUACAAGGACUGCAAUGGAAGGGAGCUGGUGCCAGUUUUAUGUCCCUGUUGUGAAAAACAUUUUUGCCUCAGGCACCGGCACCCAUCAGACCAUGAGUGUGAGAAACUGGACACCCCAAAACCUCGAAUGGCUGCCACCCAGCAGCUACUUAAAGACAUUAUAGAUUCUAAAACAGAUAAGGAAGCAAAAGGCAAAAAACGGAAAGGAGCAAAAAACAGUGAGACAGCAGCGAAAGUGGCAUUAAUGAAACUGAAAAUGCAUGCCUGUGGAGACAAGUCCUUGCCUCAGACAGAAAGAAUUUACUUUCAAGUAUUUUUACCAAAGGGUAACAAAGAGAAAAGCAAGCCCAUGUUCUUUUGCAGUAAGUGGAGUAUUGGCAAAGUAGUAGAUUUUGCAGCUUCCUUAGCAAGCCUUAAAAAUGACAACAACAAAUCCACAUCCCAGAAACUGAGAUUAUGCCAUAGUGCCUCUGGAGCAGCCUUGCCAUUUGAGCACACGCUGGAAACCUGGCUGUCUGAUAAGGACUAUCCAUUGUACAAUGGUGGAAAUAUCAUUCUGGAGUAUCUUGAUAAUAACGGUCUGCUUAUAGAAGAUACGGAGUCAUACUUUAGUUAAACAGGAAAUUACCACAAACGAAAAAAAAUAGAUUAAGUAUUUUUUUAGAUGUCUGGUAUUUAAA